AUGCAGCUUGUUUCUUCCCGAUUGAAUGUGGCAGUUCGCAACAAGCACGAAUUUCUAUUAAGUGUUUCAUUUCACACUCUAAUAAACACGGGCAGCACAUCUGUGCCAAUACUGCAUAUGACAGAUAUUCGACCAAGUUCUCUUUUGACUCAUCUUUCAGUUUAUUAUUAUUAUUUUCAAUAUAACUACUACCAUAAAGAUAAUUUAUACUCUUGCUCUAGUUUUGACACUUGGCACAGCGUUCACUUGUUUUCUAAUAUACUUCUAUUACUAGCACUGUUUGGUCUUCUAGCUAUGCAUUUAGUAUACAAAUAA